CUUCUCUUGCCUGUGUAGUGGAGACUAAUGUAACGCUGUCACCACUAUAACAGCAUCAACACACACCACCCUCAUCUACACUUCCGCAACUGCUGUCAGAUGCCGUCGCCCGGCGUGUUUCUCUGGACAGAGCGGAAUUAAGGACACAUUUUCGGCCUGCUGGACCGCGGACACCUGAGACGCUCACGCAGGAAAAGAGGAAGAUGCCAGUGACGAUGUGGAUGAUUUUCAGUGUAAAGGUUUAGAGUGAGAUUUGACUGGUAAAUCAUCAUUUGGGAAGGAUGGCUGCAACUACGCCCACCUCGGCCCCACCUCCCAAAAAGAGCAGAGGAAAACAGGAAGUAGAAACUUUACAGGCAGCCAAUGAAGAGCUGAGAAGCCGAUUGAGCGACUUGCAAAAUGAACUGCAACAGGAAAGAGGCAAGGUGGGUAAAUUACGGGAACGUUUGCAAGAGUUACGGGCCCAACGAGAGACUGAGCAACACAAGCACUCGGUUGCUCUCACUGAGCUCCGUGUCAAGCUCCAUGAGGAGAAGCAGCGAGAGGUGGCAGCCACACGAGAGAGCCUAUCCCGGCAACACGAGACCGAGUUGGCCCGGGCAGGACGUCUCCGUGAGACAGAACUGGCCCGUCUUCAGGCGCUAGUGUGUAUUUUACGGGACGGAGCCAGCAGCGAGCUACGUAAUGCCCUGAAGGAGGAGGCACGAGAGGAGGCCCGCAGGAGCUAUGAAGCAGAGAAACUCAGGCUUACGCAGGAGCUGCAGGAGGCAAAGACAUCACGGCGGCAAGCAGAGGAGGCGCUGUCCAAUGCUGUGCAGGCGGACAGAGCCAAAGCUGCUGAUCUCAGGGUGGCCCAUCAAGCUCAUCAGGAUGAGAUCCAGAGAAUCAAACGCGAGAGUGAGAGAGAAAUCCGGAGACUGAUGGACGAGUUGAAGAGCAGAGAUCGUGUGGUACAGUCACUGGAAAAAGAGCUGGGUGUACAGGCGGGUCAAACACAGCGUUUACUGCUGCAGAAAGAGGAAUCAGAGCGGCAUUAUGGGAGUCCGAAGAGAGAGGUGGCGCCGUCUCUCGGGGAAAACUCAGACUCUGUCAAUAACCAGGAUGUGGAUGAGAAGGAUGUACGCAGAUUUCAGCUGAAGAUUGCUGAGCUGCAGGCAGUCAUCAGGAAACUAGAGGACAGAAACACUCUGCUCUCAGAUGAGAGAAAUGAACUGCUGAAACGAGUGCGAGAAACAGAUGCAGAGAUAAAGCCUCUCAUGGAGAAGAAUAAACGGCUAAAUAAAAAGAAUGAAGAGCUGCAGCAGACUCUACAGCGCAUGGAAGACAAACUGAAGACACUCAGCAGAGAGAGCGCAGAACAGAAGGAGAAAUCCCAGCAGAACUUGCAGCCAGGUGGGCUGAAGAGACACACCUCUCUAACAGACCUGAGUCAUGCCCACGAGCAACAGGAAGUCGAGUAUCUGCGGUUGCAAAUCAAUGAACAGCGUGGCGUUAUAGAUGAGCUCACACAGGAAAGGGACAGGCUGAUAAUCAACAAAAAGAACAGGCGAAAAAACAUCAAGUUGCCCAAGAGGCAUGUUGUGGAGACAUAUUUUGGAUUUGAUGAAGAAUCUGUAGAUUCUGAAACGUCAUCUCUGACAUCAUAUAACACCGACCGCACAGAUCACACCCCUGCCACCCCUGAAGAGGAUCUUGAGGAUGGCUUUUCCCGGGAGGAGGCGGAGCUGCGUUUUCGACAGCUGACACGAGAGUAUCAGGCACUACAGCGAGCUUACGCACUACUGCAGGAGACUACAGGGCCUCUGGACCCUGAGAGACACUGCAGGACACGGGAGCAGCUGCAGACGGAGCUGAUUGGCUGUCAGGCACGGAUUGCCGACCUGGAGCGGAGCUUGGCAGAGAAGGGGCAGGACUCAAAGUGGGUGGAGGAAAAGCAAAAUCUUCUCAGGGUGAACCAGGAACUCAGAGAAAAGAUAGUAUUGCUGGAGCAGUGUGAAAUGCGAUUACGCUCGGAUGUUCAAGACACCCUGGAUCAGAAUGAGCUGCUUGAAUUCCGCAUUCUAGAACUGGAAGAAAGGGAACGUCGUUCUCCUGCCUUUAACCUGCAAAUCUCUGCCUCUGAAAACAACAGUAGCCUACAGCUACACUGCCAGCAAGAGGGUGUCAAGGAUGUCAUCAUUCCUGACCUCAUGAAAAAGCUUGACAUUCUUGGAGAUAAUGGGAACUUGCGAAAUGAGGAGCAGGUGACAGUCAUUCAAGCAGGCACUGUGCUGUCUUUAUGUGAAAAGUGGCUGAAGCAGAUCGACAGCACUGAAGCAGCGCUGACACAGAAGAUGAUUGAUCUGGAGAAUGAGAAGGAGCUGUUCAGUAAACAGAAGGGUUUCCUGGAAGAGGAACUAGACUACAGGAAGCAAGCUCUUGAUCAGGCCCAACUGAGGGUGCAGGAGCUGGAGGCCACAUUAUACGCUGCCCUACAGCAGGAUCCAGACAGCUGUGUGGGGGAGAGUUUGAGUGACAGACAGCGAGCGAAGCUGGCUGAGUCAAUGGAUGCAGUACGGAGACAGAUCCUGAGGCAGAGUCGCCAUGCUGACACGCUCGUUCUACAACAGCGCAUGGAGCUUCUCCAGUCUGCGCAGCAGAGGAUCAGAGAACUUGAAGAUAAGAUUGACAUGCAGAGGAGACAAAUCAAAGAGAUUGAAGAGAAGGUGUGUAUGGAUGUGUCCUUCUCUCAUGUUUAUCAGAGUGUUAGAUCAUGUUCUGGAUAGGUGCUGUCUCUUAAAUGUUAAACUUUAAAUACAGUAGUUGUUGGAUGUGCAUUGGGCUGAAAUGAAUUCUUAAUAUAUAAAUGCAAAUUGGGCUAUAAGACUGAUUCCUCUUCUCCUCUCCUCUCUCUUGUUUGAAAUUUGUGUUUAUUAUAAUUUGUAGUUUUUGUUCCUUUUCUUGUUUUUCUCCCUAGCUUUUAUUCUCUGGCCUUAAAACCCACACACAUCAUAUUCUCUCUCUAUAUCUUCCUCUGUCUCUCACUCUCUUUCUCAAACACACACAGGUGCAGUAUCUAGGUGAAAGAUACAAACUCGUCUUGUAUGACACAAUCAUUCCUCAGUUUGUUGUACAAAACAUGUUUUUAAAUAUUUUAUGAAACGUUUCCAAAGAGAAACAUUCGUAUUUCAAACGUUCCAGAAGCUGCUUAAUUUUGUUUUGUCUGAUUGAAAAUAGUGUGAACAAAUAUAAAUGAAUGCACCCUAAAUAUUUGUUAUAAUGAGUAUUUAAAGACACUUUAGCACUUGUCAGACUGCUUUUAGUUUCAACAAAUAAAGUUGUAUUUUUUUCACAUGUGCACUUGAAGACUUUAUUAAAAUAAUGGAUAAUUGUACAUUAGAAGUUUAAUCAUAAGUUUAAAUCAGGUGUGAAUAGGACAAUGUUGCAUAUUCUUUAACUGAGCAAGCAAGCUAUCGUUUAGAUCAGCCAAUAGGUGGCGGUAAAGAAUAAUAAAUAAUCUGUCCCUUAUCCUUUUGUUGUCUGGGAUGGGCAGAGGACUGCAGACUGUCUCACUCACCUGACCUGAGUUCAUCUCACUGUGCUAGACUUACCACAUUGAGAUGACAAACUUUCUUAGUCCCAUCAGAGAAUGUGGCAGACUGUUGAUUACAAAAAAAAAAGCAUGUGAGGAGAAGGUGCAGCCAGAAAAGUAUGGAUGUGUGUGUUAAUGAAAGGAGGA